AUGGCUCUCGCAGACGUCGAAGUAUUCGAAGACGCAGUUCCCCUGAUUCGCAGCUGUCCAGCCCUCAACGAGAUUCGCACUUCGGGAGAAUUCAAAGACCUCACCAUAGAGGUACCUCUCCGUCCUGUUACCGUUCAUUACACGGCAAUUUGUUCAUGCUUGUUAGGUGAAGGACGGCGCUAUUCUCAAUGCCCAUCGAAUAAUACUAGCGGCUCGAAUUCCGUCAUUGCGAGCUGCUCUCAGUGGCGCCCUCGGGAAGGAUAAUUCGGUGCUAAAAUGGCCGACGGUGCCUCUGAAGUAAAAUAAUCCUCCUUUUUCUGAUUUUGCUUUUGCACUUCCUAGCCUCGCAAAUUCACUCCUCCAGUAUGUGUACACCGGGCAGUUGGAGGUGACCCAAGCGAAUGCGAUGGGCAUAGUGAUGUUUGCGAAAAUGAUGAAACUGUCUGAUCUGGAGAAUUGGGGAAUGCAAUUCAUGGCCAAUAGGUAAGCAAGUGCCGGUUCUUUCUGUCUAACUGCCGGCUGUAAAGAGUGAAUUUAGAAAAUCUGGCAACCACAUGGGACUUUGCCAGAUCUUCGAAUAUGGGAUCACUGAUGGAGACUUGCAUCAAUCUGAUGCAAGAGCAGUUUAAGAUUUUCGUCACUUCUGACCUCUUUGUUCGCCUGCCAGCUGACACUGUGCUGACUUUGUUGCAAAACGACAAUCUGUCAGUGGACUCCGAAGAGGCAGUUUUUGAGGCGAUUUCAAGCUGGGUGGGUGCCGGCGACAAGGAGUGCGAUAACGAGAGACUGAGACUGCACGCCUCGGAGAUGCUAAAGGAGGUUCGUUGGUGUCAGACGACUCUCCAAUUUCGCAGUCGCAUAGUCGAUAGUCAUCCAAUUUUCCAGGAAAGCAAAAGCUGCCUGUAA